AUGUCCGGGCCACCCAAAGACCAUUUGUUGAAUUCUAUAGGCGAGGAGACAUCUGGCACGGAGGCAGGGAGAGAUACACACUCAGACUUUGAGAGAAAGCCUUCAAAACUGACUACGAAAUUGACUGGAGAUGGUGUCCCCAUCCAUGUCAGCACAGAAAGUGAAGGAGCAGACCCAGAAAGUUCAAGUAAAACCAAUGAUUUUCACACCAGGGAGGACUUUGACCAUUUCGUCAGCAGUGAGGAAAGCCGGUUCCACCACCACUUAGAGGAAGGAGAGACAGAGAAGGAAGAUGAACAACAGUUUCAGGUAUGUGUACAGUACAGUGAAAACAAUAGUGAGGAUGAGGAUCAGGUCCUAGAGAAGUGGAUGAAUUCAGAGACAUCUGCCCUCCCACGACCUCACUGGCAAGUCCUUCCUGCACUUCGGGAGCGGCAGCUGGGUUCAAGUUCUCAUUUUAUACAUGAAGCAUGUGGAUCAGAAAUCUUUGUGCAGCGUUUCAGCUUACAGUAUUGUCUUGAAGGCCAUUUAGGUUGUAUGAACACUGUACAUUUUAAUCAGCGUGGCACCUUGUUGGCCAGUGGUAGUGAUGACUUGAGGGUGAUAGUGUGGGACUGGAUAGGGAAGCGGCCAGUACUGGACUUUGAGAGUGGCCACAAAAAUAAUGUCUUCCAGGCUAAGUUUUUUCCUAAUUGUGGUGAUUCCAUCCUGGCCAUGUGUUCCCGUGAUGGCCAGGUAGCUGAACUAUCUGCUCCAGUAUGUGGGAAGAAUACUAAGUGUGGCCAACAUAAGGGAGCUUCUCACAAGUUGGCUCUGGAGCCAGACUCCCCAUGUAAGUUCCUAACUUCAGGUGAAGAUGCUGUUGUUUAUACCAUUGAUCUCAGACAAGGGCAGCCAGCUUCAAAAAUGGUGGUAACAAAAGAGAAAGAGUAGAAAGUGGGACUAUAUACAAUCCAUGUGAAUCCUAGCAAUACCUAUCAGUUUGCAGUGGGUGGACGAGAUCAGUUUGUGAGGAUUUAUGACCAGAGAAAAAUUGAUGAGAAUGAGAACAAUGGCAUACUCAAGAAGUUCUGUCCUCAUCACCUGAUCAACUGUGAUACCAAAAUAAAUAUCACCAGUCUUGUGUACAGUCAUGAAGGCACAGAGCUCCUAGUGAGUUACAGCGGUGAAGAUAUUUACCUCUUCAACUCCUCUGACAGUGAUGGAGCUCAAUAUGUUAAGAGAUAUAAGGGCCACAGAAAUGAUGCCACAGUGAAAGGUGUGAAUUUCUAUGGCCCCAGAAGUGAGUUUGUGAUGAGUGAUAGGGAUUGUGGGCAUAUCUUUCUCUGGGAGAAAGCAUCUUGCCAGAUCAUUCAGUUCAUGGUGGGAGACAAGGGCGGUACAGUGAAGUGUCUUGAAGCCCAUCCUCACCUAUCUGUAAUGGCAACUAGUGGCCUGGACCUUGAUGCUAAGAUCUGGGCACCCACAACCACAGUUUCCACUGAGCUUACCAGGUUAAAGGAUGUGCUUAAGCAGAACAAGCAGAAAAGAGAUAACUUGCACCACCAUGACCUGUUUGAUAGUCACACGCUUUGGUUCCUCACGAGUCACCUGACACAGAGAAAUUAUUACCAGCACUGGGGAAGUCCUGGCUUUCAAGGCAUGGAUGCAUACUUCCUUGAGUCUACCAGCACCUCAGAUGCUUCUGAGGAAGAAAGCCAAGAUCGAGUGCAGUGCUGUCCAUCCUGA